AUUUUUAAACUAAAAGGAAACAAAAUCAGGGCUCACUUGUGUGUCAUCUGUCUCGCUACGCAGUGUGGCUGGGUGAAAUGCAGUAGCUGUCGCCGCCAUCUGUCACUCACAGGUUGUUAUGGAUUCUCAGCUUCUACGAUUUAAACCAGCACACUCUCUCCAUUUUCGUUCCUUCACUGCCCCUCAUUUCAUCCGUAUUUCAUCACUCUCUUUUCCUUCAGGAUUGGAUUCUAAGAGAAUAAAGUGUGCAAUGAAGUCUUACAAGUUAUCUGAACUUAGUCAUGCUGAAGUAGAAAGCUUGAAGGCUCGUCCUCGCAUAGAUUUUUCUUCCAUAUUUGGCAUGAUCCAGCCGAUAGUUGACGAUGUCCGCACCAGAGGCGAUGCUGCAGUUAAAGUUUAUACCGAAAAGUUUGAUAAAGUUAAGCUAGAGAAAAUUGUUGAAAAUGUCUCAAAGCUUCCUUAUCCAGAGCUUGACCCAACUAUUAAAGAGGCGUUUGAUGUGGCAUACAACAAUAUAUAUGCAUUUCAUCUUGCCCAAAAGUCAGCAGAGAAGAGUGUUGAGAAUAUGAAAGGUGUUAAAUGCAAAAGGGUGGCUAGGAGUAUUGCUUCUGUUGGUCUUUAUGUACCAGGGGGAACUGCUGUUUUGCCUUCAACUGCUCUAAUGCUUUCUGUUCCUGCACAGAUUGCUGGAUGUAAAACUGUUGUUCUAGCAACUCCUCCAAGCCAAGAUGGUGGCAUAUGUAAGGAGGUACUAUAUUGUGCCAAAAAGGCUGGUGUGACUCACAUUCUUAAAGCUGGUGGAGCUCAGGCCAUUUCAGCCAUGGCUUGGGGAACAGAAUCUUGCCCAAAGGUUGAGAAAAUUCUCGGACCUGGAAAUCAGUAUGUAACAGCUGCCAAAAUGAUGCUCCAAAAUAGUGAGGCUAUGAUUUCAAUUGACAUGCCGGCUGGCCCUUCAGAAGUUUUGGUUAUUGCUGACAAACAUGCCAGUCCUGUACAUAUAGCUGCAGAUUUGCUAUCCCAGGCUGAGCAUGGCCCUGAUAGCCAGGUUGUUCUUGUAACAGCUGGUGAUGGUGUGGAUCUCAAGGCUAUCGAGGAGGAAAUUAAUAAACAGUGCCAAAGCCUUCCGAGGGGAGAUUUUGCAUCAAAAGCACUAAGCCAUAGUUUCACUGUUCUUGCUCAUGAUAUCAUUGAGGCAAUCUCCUUCUCAAAUUUAUAUGCACCAGAGCACCUGAUCAUGAAUGUGAAGGAUGCGGAGAAAUGGGAGGGUUUUGUUGAGAAUGCUGGUUCUGUGUUCCUAGGGCAGUGGACGCCAGAGAGUGUGGGAGACUAUGCAAGUGGGACAAACCAUGUUCUUCCAACAUAUGGCUAUGCAAGGAUGUAUGGUGGGGUGUCUCUUGAUUCUUUCCUUAAGUACAUGACAGUACAAUCUUUGACAGAAGAAGGCUUAAGAAACCUUGGCCCAUAUGUGGCCACCAUGGCUCAAGUUGAGGGGCUGGAUGCUCACAAACGCGCCGUGACUCUCAGACUUGAAGAUAUCGCGACCAAUCAUGCUUCAAGUGUGAGAUGAUGUAUGUCCAACAGAUCCCAUUGCUGUCCCUUGCACUGCCAUGCAGGUGAUCUUAGAGACUUGGGUUUCUUUUAAUUUUCCAUUUCAUUGGAUGAUUCCUGAGAAACUCAUGAAUGGAGGACACCAUUUGCUCUGAUGAAGUAUUAUUAGCUAUGAACAGGGAAGAAAAAGGGCUUUUAAUACUGGGAAAUAAAGCUAUUUAUAUCUAUGAUGUGUUUU